AUGGAGAGCAACGCUGGUUACUCCCAGCGUUUCAAUUCAUAUUGCUCAUUUGAGUCUAAUCUUAGACAGCAUGAAGUUGACACCACAUCAAAGUUCAUAGUCCAAAGGAAGGACAAAGAUUUUGGUGUUUACCAUACGAUUACUGAGCCCUGGCCUGCUUGUUAUCAUGUCCAUUGGGAGAGCAAGCAUAUCCCCUUCGAUGGUACCCCGUACAUUGUGGUAGGGAGGAAAGGGUAUGACUGUCACCAGGGUCCAGACAGGCAUGAAAGGCACAAGAGUCGACAACAAGAACUGCUGAAUGACCACACGGACCACUUAGGUCUACAUAAAGAGAGGAGACGCCUAGUCCAGGACACAAAAAAGCUUGGGUGCCCAGCUGCCAUCCUUGUGGUUCAUGUCACCAGAUUUCCUGAAUACAAGAUUGAUGAGGAUUCUCCUAAAUUGAGGAGGAAGAAGGCAGGAGAACUAAAGGUAGCCUUAGCAACCAACCAACCUGUAGUUCAGGAACAACAGUUCAAUGGGUCCUUCCCCCCAGUUGAGGAGCAUAGAAACCACCCUGUGACAGGAGAGGCCAGAGAGAUCGGAGACCCCCGCUCUACUCCACCGCCCGUGACCAGAGAGACCGGAAACCCCAGCUCUUCUCCACCGCCCGAGACCAGAGAGACCGGAGACCCCAGCUCUACUGAGAUGACCAAACAGUCCAAAACCAAGAAAAGGCAGAAGUGUGGCAGCUUACUGCGUGAGAUCUCAGACCUUGCAUACCCUCUGCAGGAUGAGUCAUUUCUGGACUCUGUGAUUGGUCGCCUCACUGACCUUUUGGAGGAUGUUAGGGUUCACACUCCUCACGACGAGACCCUUCCUCUGUCAUACACCCCACCAUCUAAGAAGGCUAGACACCUGAAAUCUCUCAGCAUGGUCCCUAAAAAACAUCCAUUCUCAGGAAGGGUUGGUCGUCGGGCUGAAGCAAUGAGAUCAAGUUCAAGUUUCAAGCUCACAAAUCUGCCGCCCUCCACUCACUUGCCCUCUGACCAUUCCCAGUCAACCACUACAGUUCAGUCAUUGGCUGUAGCUGAGGGUGUGUUAUCAAAUAUGCCUGCUUCUGUCUCAUCACCUGAUUAUCAAUCACAGACAACAGAAGCUACCACUGCUUUGUCACCCCUGAAGUCUAUAAAGGUUAGUCUAUUCAUCAAAUCUGUGUUAUUUCCUUGUACUGUAUGUUAUAAGUUCUCUAAAUGCUACACUCUUGAGCAAUCUUAAAUGCAAAGCUUGACCCUAACCCGAGUGUGUUGUGCACCCUCUUCCCUCAAGAGUGUUGAAACAGUUAGGCUAGGGGAGGUUUAAGACCUUCGGCUUUGUCUCGGGCCUCACAGCUCACAUAGCCAUGGGUUAUUUUCCCAACCCUUAGACCUCUCAUGAUUUAUCGCUUAUAGAAUUUAUGUGAAUUGUUAUUUUAGAUAUUUUAAGAAGAUACAUUCAGUUUUGACAACUGCGUUGGAUUACAUUUUAUAUUCGUUGAUAUUUGACAGUGUUCUAUUGAGUGAUUUACUUUUCACGUUGUUUUCAGGCUUGUUUGAUGAUUUUAUUAUAAAGUAUUUAUCGGCUAAUGUUUAGCAUAUUUUAACCUCCAAUUCAUCGCAGGCAACUUUGUUCUUCUACCUGUUUUUGUUUGGUUAAUUUAUCCUAACUCAUUUAAUUAUAUUUUGUUAAAGGUUAUGUCUUCUGAUGAUACAAAGUUUAUUUCUAAUUCCUAAUAACCCCAAACAUACUGUAGCCGUGUGGCAGCAUUGGUUCAUACUAACUUUAUUUCUAUUUUCCUGUUUUUUUCAUUGUAUGUGAUAUGGACCUAUGUCUGAA